GUGCUGGCGCGGCACAGACAGGCUUUUGAGGCCGUGGCACAGCGAGCCAAGCGCCGGCAGGUCAGCGACCGAUCUGCAGCCGAUCCCCAGCCGAUCUGCCGCCGAUCUGCAUCCGCACCGGCCUCCUGCCUCCCCCGCAUACCUGCAGCCAUGAGUGCCGCCGAACAGAGAAAGCUGCUGGAGCAGCUUAUGGGCAAGGAAGCUCUCGGCGGAACCCCCGAUAAUCUGCGUUUCGACGACCCCAAGGUUUGCAAAAACUACCUGUGUGGAUUAUGUCCUCAUGAACUGUUCACGAAUACGAAAAUGGACCUCGGCGCCUGUACCAAAAUCCACUCGGAUAAGCUGAAGAAGGACUACGAGGAUGCUCGCAAACGAGACCGGAAUGUGAACUACGAAGAAGAGUGGUGCCGAAACAUGAACGAGUUUAUUGCCGAGUGCGACCGAAAGAUCCAUAGUGCACAAAAGCGUCUGGACAAGAAUCCCGAAGACGCCGGCAUCAACAUGAUGAAGGAGAUCGCCGAUGCCAAUGCCGAGAUCACGUCUCUGGUCGACGAAACUGAAAAACUUGCUGAAGAUGGCGAGGUUUCCAAUGCCCUGCGGGUUCUGAAAGAUCUUGAAGAGAUCCAGGAGCGGAAGGCCAGGAAAGAGCGGGAGUUGAAGCAGUAUAUCAGCAGCGAAACCACCUCGCAGCAACAGAAGCUGCGGGUCUGCGACGUUUGCUCUGCUUUCUUGUCGGUGUUUGACAGCGACCGCCGGCUAGCGGAUCACUUUGGCGGAAAGAUGCACUUGGGUUACAUGAAGAUCCGGCAGACUGUCAAAGAACUCCAGGAGAAAGGCGUCAACCGACGACGAGAUGCGGGCCGAGACGGAGGCCGAGACGGAGGCCGAGACGGCCGAGAAUUCCGCGACCCUCGGGACUCCCGAGACUUCCGAGACCCCCGAGACGAUCGCGGAUAUCGGGGCGGUCGAUACGACGACCGACGACGCGACGAAGGCCGACCCAGAUGGCGCUCGCGCUCGCCAGAGGCCCGCCGUCGAUCUCGCUCGCCAGGACGAAGACGCUACUGAUCCCAUCGCAGUGCAGACACAUCACUGCGCCGUCUGCGCAACGGGCUUGGGAAUGAAAAAAAGUAUCCUUCGGAAGCAAAAGCGCUCGAGAAACUUGCGGAAACUGCACCAGGAAAUGCACAGCAGCGUGAAUGCCGACUGUUGACGGAUGCGAGUUUGACAGCACCACAAUACAGAUCAUCCAGGAUCGUUGAGA